AUGCCUCUUGGAAUCCUCGAGCCCAAGGGCGCCGAGCACGUCCCAGGCACCACACGAUACUAUGACGAUCCCUCACGACCACAGUACGCAACCAACGACAUCAUCGGCCUCAAAGUCGACAAGAGCGGCAAAGAGCCCAUCAUCCUCAACCCCCAGCCAUCCGAUGAUCCGAACGACCCUCUCAACUGGCCCCUCUGGCGGCGCGACCUCAUCACCUUCCUCCUCUGCUUCGCCGCCAUCCUCGCGACAGCCCUCGGGCCCAUCCUGGCCGCCAACACCCUCACCAUCGCCGGUCUGUUUGGCGAGACCCUCACCCGCGUCGCCCUCUUGACGGGCUACUUCCUCCUCGGCGCCGGUGCGGCCGCCAUCUUCUUCGUCCCCUCCGGCCGCAUCUGGGGCAAGCGACAUCUCUUCCUCAUCGGCAUCGUCUUCAUCAUCUUCUCGAGCGCGUGGGCCGGUGGCACGGGCACAGACUACGGCAGCCUCGCAGCGGCGAGGGCCAUUCAGGGCGUAGGCGCCGCCCCCUUUGAGAGCCUACUCAACGCGGCCGUCGGCGAUCUGUACUUUGUCCACCAGCGCGGCACGCGCAUGGCCUUCACCAACCUCGCUGUCUUUGGCGGCGCCUUCUUCACGCCCAUUGUCACGGGCAUCAUCACUAGGCGACUCGGUUGGCCGUGGACGUUCUACUUUGUCGCCUGCUUCUCCGCCCUCGUCUUUCCCCUCGUCUUCUUCUUCUGUCCCGAGACAGCAUACCGACGCGAAGACCGCCUCAACACCGAUACGGCGUGGGCUAACGACAAGGCGAAGGUCACCCACGAGGCUCCCGAGGCAUCGGCGGCGAAUACUGCGCAGCCCGUCUCGCCCAGCCAGCAGGUGGCCCCUCGUCAUGGCGGCUUCGUCUUUUUCCCGACGUCCAACGCUCUCCAGCCCAUUGGCGACGCUUCGACGCUGCCAAAAUCCUUUGUCGAAUCCCUAUCUCUAUUUGACGGACGCAAGACGGACGAGCGGUAUUGGGUGCUCCUGCUACGCCCAUUCCCCAUCCUGGCCAACCCAGCAUUCAUCUGGGGCUGUCUCAUCCAGGGCACCAUGAUCGGCUGGACCGUCUUCAUCGGCGUUAUUGUGGCCGCGCUCUUCAUCGGACCCCCUUACCUCUGGUCCGAGGUCGAGGCAGGCUACGCCUACACAGGCGCCUUUGUCGGUGCCCUGGCAGGCUUCGUCAUAUCGGGUUUGUUGGCGGACACGUCUGUCAAAUGGCUCACCAAGCGCAACGGCGGCGUGUACGAGCCCGAGUUCCGGAUCCUCCUCGUGAUCCCCAUGCUCAUCGUCGGUGGCAUUGGCUUGUUCGGCUUCGCACUGACCGCCGGCGAAGUCAUCUCGAGGAAAUACACCUACAUGCCACCGUUGGUGUUCUUUGGCUUCGAGGUGGCUGGCAUGGUCAUUGGGGCCGUCUCGAGCUCGCUUUACAUUGUCGAUGCAUACCGCGACCUCACCAUUGAAGGUUUCACCGUCAUGAUCAUCUUCAAGAACAUCCUGAGCUUCGGCCUGACGGCCAGUGCGUACGACUGGUUCGUGGCUGGUGGCGUCAAGCAGACGAUGCUACCGAUUGCCAUUGUGCAGGUUGUCAUUUGCCUCACCAGCGUUCCCAUGUAUGUUUUCGGCAAGCGUGUUCGGGCUUUCUACCACAAGCAUGAUCUCUUGGCCUUGACCGGUCUUCGAUGA